AUGACCACCUCCCAAACAGACGCCCGCUACAAUUCCCUCCACUUCACACCCCAACAACUCAUCGCGCUCCACAUCGACCCAGAUCCCGAAACAGGAUGGGGCGUGAUGCCGGGGUACGACCAGUCCAUCCCCAUCCCCGCGCACCUCGAGCCGCCCGUGGCGGAUGCGGACGAGACUUUGCCUAGUCUCAUGCAUCCCAGCUACCCGUUUGGGCGGCCCAGUACGCGGGGGACGAAGAUGGGGAAGAAGGGGGUGAGGAAUUUGAUGGGGACGUUAGAGGGGGAUGGGGGGAUCGCGCUUGGUGCGAGAGGAGGAGGAGGAGUAGGGGGAGGGGGCGCUGGCGGCUAUAGUGGUGGAUGGGGCGGAGGAGGGGGAGGAGGGGGAAGAGGGGAAGGAUGGGGCGAGAGGGGGAUCAGGGAGGUUUUGGAGAGUGAGAAGAAGAGGGAAGUUCCGCCUGGGAUGGCUGGAGCAAAACGGCCCUUAUCCCCACCAUCACCUUCGUUACAUCCGUCCAACGACCCCCAGCCUCGCUCGGAACAUCUCCGGAACCUCUACGCAAGACAGCGACAGGUCACGCCCGCGCGUGCAGAAGAUCCGUUUGAUGCGCCGCUGCCGAAUGAGCUGUAUCAGGAGGAAGGGGACGAGGAACAGGGCCCGGGGCAGGGGCAGGGACAGGGACAGGGAAAUGGACAGGGACAAGUGCAAGGGCAGGGACAGAGGAGGGAGGGGGACGAGUAG